AUGAUCUCUAAGGUAUUGUGUCUAGCAAGUCUUAUUGCAGUUGCCUAUGCCAGUCAUCACGAGCACCAAGAGAACCACCAUCACCAUCCCCAACCUUACAAAUUCGGCUAUGAAAUUAAAGAUCACCACGGAUCUCAACAUAGACAUGAACAUGGUGAUGGCCAUGGACACGUUCAGGGAAACUAUGGUUUCACUGACCACAGAGGUAUCCACAGAGAGGUUCAUUACGUAGCUGACAAAAAUGGAUUCAGGGCUACGGUUAAGACAAAUGAACCUGGAACCGCUAAUCACGAUCCUGCUCACGUUAAGCUCCAUUCCAACGCUCAUCAUGCUCACCAUCACUAUGAGCCUCAGCAUCAUGAAAAUCAUCACAAAGAGCAUCAUCAUCAUCAUGGUCAUGCUCAAGUGUAUCAUCAUCAAGCAAACCAUCAUGGACACUAUCAAGGUUAA